CCCUGUGAUGCUGCUGCAGAGUGCAGACACAUUGAGGCGGCUGGGAGGAGAAGGAAAGAGGUAGCUGCUGCUGGUGGUCCUCUGGUGCUGAUGAUGCGGGAUGCCUGAGUUGGCUGCCAGGGGCUGGCACUGACUGCAAACAGCAGCCGCCACAUGCGCUGUACAUGCCGGGGAGUGGCUGCAUGUAGUACCGGGACAUAUUGAUGCAUUAAACUGCUGACCCCCGAGUAAGAUGGCAGACCCGGCUGAGUGCAGCAUCAAGGUGAUGUGCCGCUUCCGGCCCCUCAACAGCUCCGAGAUCCAACGGGGGGACAAGUUCAUCCCGGUGUUCAAGGGAGAUGACACCAUAGUGGUCGGGCAAGGAAAACCCUAUGUCUUUGAUAAAGUUCUGCCUCCCAAUACUUCCCAGGAGCAAGUAUACAGUGCCUGCGCUAAACAAAUCGUCAAAGAUGUUUUGGACGGAUAUAAUGGAACCAUCUUCGCCUAUGGACAGACGGCAUCUGGGAAAACCCACACAAUGGAGGGGAAGCUACACGACCAUCAGCUCAUGGGAAUUAUUCCAAGAAUUGCUGCAGACAUAUUUGAUCACAUUUAUUCAAUGGAUGAAAACCUGGAAUUCCAUAUAAAGGUCUCUUACUUUGAAAUCUAUUUGGACAAAAUCCGGGAUUUGCUCGAUGUGUCUAAAACGAACCUGUCAGUUCAUGAAGAUAAGAACCGUGUGCCCUAUGUGAAGGGCUGCACAGAGAGGUUUGUAUCCAGUCCAGAAGAAGUGAUGGAUGUAAUUGAUGACGGGAAAACAAACAGACAUGUCGCCGUCACAAACAUGAAUGAACACAGCUCCAGAAGUCACAGUAUUUUCUUAAUUAAUAUAAAACAAGAGAAUGUCGAGACAGAGAAGAAGCUUUGUGGGAAACUGUACCUGGUGGAUCUGGCGGGAAGCGAGAAGGUCAGCAAAACCGGAGCUGAGGGAGCAGUUUUGGAUGAAGCGAAGAACAUCAAUAAAUCUCUAUCUGCGCUGGGCAAUGUCAUCUCUGCACUGGCAGAGGGUACGAAAACCCAUGUUCCGUACAGAGACAGUAAGAUGACGAGGAUACUCCAGGAUUCCCUAGGCGGGAAUUGCCGUACGACCAUUAUAAUCUGCUGCUCCCCAUCCAUCUUCAACGAGGCCGAGACAAAGUCCACGCUCAUGUUUGGGCAGCGAGCCAAGACCAUUAAGAACACUGUGUGCGUCAAUCUGGAGCUCACUGCUGAGGAGUGGAAGAAAAAAUAUGAAAAAGAGAAAAAUAAAAACCAAACGCUUAAGAAUAUUAUUCAGCAUCUUGAGAUGGAGUUAAACCGAUGGAGAGGAGGUGAAGCAGUGCCGCUAGAUGAACAAAUCAGUGCAAAGGAUCAAAAGACCCUGGAGCCAUGUGAUAACACACCGGUCAUUGAUAAUCUGCCCCUGGCAGUGGCCAGCAUCUCAUCUGAGGAAAAGAAGAAAUAUGAUGAAGAUAUUGUUUGUUUGUACCGACAGCUGGAUGAUAAGGAUGAUGAAAUCAAUCAACAAAGUCAGCUUGCUGAAAAGCUGAAACAGCAAAUGCUCGAUCAAGAAGAGCUCCUAGCAUCAACUCGCAGAGAUUAUGAGAAGAUCCAGGAGGAGCUGACCCGGCUUCAGCUGGAGAACGACGCAGCCAAGGAUGAGGUGAAAGAGGUGCUGCAGGCCCUAGAAGAGUUGGCUGUAAACUAUGACCAGAAGUCUCAGGAAGUCGAGGACAAGACCAAAGCCAACGAACAGUUAACUGAUGAACUAGCACAGAAAGCGACGACUCUAAUUGCCACCCAACGCGAGCUUCACCAGUUAAAAGAACUUAGCAGCCACCAGAAGAAGAGAACCACUGAGAUACUGAACUUGUUGUUGAAGGACCUAGGCGAGAUUGGUGGCAUAAUUGGCACAAAUGACGUGAAAACGUUGGCUGACGUAAAUGGCGUCAUUGAGGAAGAGUUUACUAUGGCACGUCUGUACAUCAGCAAGAUGAAAUCCGAGAUCAAGUCGUUGUUAAAUCGAAGCAAGCAACUGGAGACAGCACAGAUUGAGGCAAACCGCAAGAUAAACGCCAGCGAGAAGGAGCUUGCAGCGUGCCAAUUGCUGAGCUCACAGCAUGAAGCAAAGAUCAAAUCUCUGACAGGUUACAUGCAGAACAUUGAGCAGAGGCGCAGACAGCUGGAGGAGACCCAGGAUUCUCUGAAUGAGGAACUGGCAAAGCUCCAUGCACAAGAAAAAAUGCAUGAAGUCUCCUUUAAGGAUAAGGAGAAGGAACACCUGACCCGACUCCAGGAUGCAGAGGAGAUGAAGAAAACUUUGGAACAGCAGAUGGAAAGUCACCGAGAAGCCCACCAGAAGCAGCUAUCUCGCCUACGGGAUGAAAUUGAGGAGAAACAGAAAAUGAUUGAUGAACUCAAAGACCUCAAUCAGAAGCUGCAGCUACAGAAGGACAAGCUGACAUCUGACUAUGAGAAACUGAAGGCAGAAGAUCAGCAGAGAGAGAUGGAACUGGAGAAACUUAUGCUACUUAAUGAGAAGAGGGAGCAAUCUCGAGAGGACCUUAAAGGACUGGAGGAAACUGUGGCCAGGGAACUUCAGACGUUACACAACUUGCGCAGACUCUUUGUUCAGGAUCUCACCACCAGAGUGAAAAAGAGCGUGGAGCUGGACAGCGAUGAUGGCGGUUGCUGCAGCGCAGCCCAGAAACAGAAAAUUUCUUUCUUGGAGAAUAACCUUGAGCAACUGACAAAAGUUCACAAACAGCUGGUCCGUGAUAAUGCAGAUCUGCGUUGUGAGCUUCCUAAACUAGAGAAACGCCUGCGUGCUACAGCCGAGAGAGUCAAGGCUUUGGAAGGUGCACUUAAAGAAGCCAAAGAGAACGCAAUGCGUGACCGCAAGAGGUACCAGCAGGAGGUCGACCGCAUUAAGGAAGCAGUGAGGGCAAAGAACAUGGCGAGGAGAGUGCACUCUGCCCAGAUUGCUAAACCAAUCCGCCCUGGACAUUACCCAGCAUCCUCUCCUACAGCUGUGAAUUCAAUCAGAGGUGGAUCUGUGCAUUCGUCUUACUAUCACCACACAAAACAAUAGACAAAUUAGAAGAUCAUCACUAAGCAUACAGCGCCACCGUGUCCAUGCUUGGAAGUUGUACACAUUGCACCACCGUCUCAGCGUUGCCGUUGUGUUCUGCUCUUAUCUACCAGUACUUAUUACUGAGAUGAUUUUAUCAAACCACCAGAUGGGGCAAUCUGCCUAACCUUCAGUUCACUGCUUCAUUAUAAAUGACACUCUUCUCCCCUCCCCUUCAUCACUUCCAGCAAGUAAAAAGGUUAAUUAACGUGUAAUGUAGAAAAUAAAAUCGGCCUCUUAAAAAUACAUAAUUCAGCACUUACACGACAUGACUGCUUCCACUGAGGUAAACAUUAAAACCUAUUCUGCAUCCAAAAUGUUGUGCUAUGGCUCAAUCAGUAGAAGCGUAUCUCAUGGAUUUGGCAUGGAAAUUAUUACCCUUAGAAUGGAUGAUAUUCGCAAUCUGCUAGACAACGUGCAUCUUGGACAGCGCAAAGUUUCUGAGUCUGACCGCAUCCGUACAGUGUAUAUUAUCUGUAAGUAGGGGGAAGGGGAGGGGCUAACACUGUAUACAGCAAUGUGACUAGUUGCUAGAAGGAAUAACUUUCCCGCAUGGGACAGUCACGGUGGACACAUUUUCCAGCACAUUGCAAAGAGAAUUGAAUGUAUUCCACAGUCCUCUACUACUGCGGUCACAAUGGCUGCACCCAGGGUACGCUUGACACCAUUACAUUUACAAAGAUGACUCUUCUGCCUUCUAAUAACCCUUAUGUGCCAGUCGAAAAGGUUUUCCUCAAGGAGAAACUGCCAGUGUGUAGUCUGACCUAGAAUAUGUAUUUAUUUAUUUAUUUACAGAACUUAGACCGAUAUUACUUUUUCAGCUGUAGAUAAGAUGAGACUAUUUGAGGUGUAGAGAAUGAAAUCUGGUGGAAGGAUCUGACCUGUAUAAUAUGUUCUGUGUAUACAAUAUCACAAUGUUUUAUUGUUUGGGACUCUUUUGUGUGCCUCUGCCCCUCCCCCCUCUCCCCUCGCCCACAUCCUCCUUCCCCACAUCCCCCUCCCUCCCCUCGUGCCAUAUUCUCCUUUUUAUUGCCCUGCCUUCAAUUUACACCCACAGAAUAUUUAUUUAGUUUGGGUUGUUUUGUGAGUAAUUUAUUUGUUGCUUUGAAUAUUAUCUAAUACAGAAUUGAAAUUACAGCUAGUGACGCACACACAAGCAUAUUAUUCCAGGAAUUGGCUUGUAGUACACCAGAAUCUGAAUCACUUUAUUGCCAAGUAUAUCAGUACACAAUGCACAAUACACAAGGAAUUUGUUUCCGAUAGCCACCGCUCUAAAGGGCCCCAUACACUAGAACGAUAAUGCCCGAUUUAAUUGAUUUCGGGCAUUCGGCCCGAUAUAUCGGGUGAAAUCGGGCAUUUUGGAGGUGGUUCUGAUCCGAUCCGAUGCGCGUUCCCGUGAGCAUCGGAUCGUAUCCUCCAGAUUGAGCGUGCUGCACUCAUAAUAUGUCGGACCCCGCAGGCAUGGCUGGGAUCGCCCAAGAUAUAACGUAUGCAAAAGUACCGCAUACAAUGUAUCUUGGGCGAUCCUGCCGCCCAGGAGGCUGCCGGGGCGAUCGCCUGUCGCAGUAGUGUAUGAGGCCCUUAAGACAGUAUACAUACAUAACAAGACCAAACGCACAUGGGGAAGAGCAGCACGAUAGGUUCGUAGAUACAUGUGCCAGGUUGAAUUGCAAAUGGAAUGGGCUAGGCGCUCAUCGAAUUUAUUAGGGUAGUUGUUUGGGCGAGGGGGGGGGGACUGUUGUGUCUGGCGGUUCUCACCAGUUGCGAGCCGUACCGCCUCCCUGACGGCAGCCUCCUGAACAUGUCGUGAGCAUGGUGGGAGUGAUCACCAAUGAUCCUUUCCGCCCGCUUAGUAACCCUUGCCCGAUAUAUAUCCUCAAUUGCCAGGAGAUUUGUCCCUAUGAUUUUUUUUCCCACACCAUGAUGGUGUGAUGAUAUACUAUUUGAAGGGACACACACAGGUGUAAAAUACCCCUACUAAUAAUGAUUUAGAAUUGGUACUAGAUGAUAAACAAUUAUAUUUAUAAUAUUUUAGUUCCCCUUUUGCACAAACAGAUUUUUCCUACUUGAAUUUGUAAAGCAAUUUGGAUGUCAGCUUGUAGGAUGAGGUGGUGCUAAUAGUGCUUAUUGAGUCUAGUAUCUGAUCAGUCAGUCAGAUUUUCUGGAGCAAUCUGGACUUUUGUUUUACAAACCAGGAAUUGAUUGAUAGUAAAGAGAGGUUGCGAUACAGAAUAUUAUUCCUAUAGUGCCUACCACCAAACUAAUGCCCACUGUGGUCACAACUGCCUGUCUUGUACCCAGAGUGGAGAUGUAGGCAUCAAAUGGAGCCGACUGCCAUGGAUUUAUCUCUUAAGUUUCCUCCGAAUAUUUUUAUUUUGCCUUCCUUUAAUAUAAAUAUCUAUACUCACAGCUGUAAUUACACAUUUCUGGUUAAAAUAUAAUUAUGCAUAUUUCUGUUAAAGCACUUUUCAGUUCAGUUUUUUUUUAAAUUGUAAAUCUUUCCCUUAUUCACUGUUGGAAUAGAGGAAAAAUCGUUUUUGUAGACCUACAUGUAUCAGGAUUGUGAUUUGUGUAAUGUAUAUGUGUUGUAGCAUCUAUUUUAGUGAACAUGUAAUUUUCUGAUAUUGAAGAUCAAGCUAAGACCUCAGCAAUGCACCCAAUAAAGGACUUAUUGCCGACUGAUUUAUCUGUGACAUAUUUCAGGGUCUUGCAGAAUCCCCCCAGGAUGCAUCUCCAGCUCUUACUAUGACAGGUGUGUGAUACACUGGCAGAUUGCAUGGUAUUUUAUCGGAAAAUGUCAAACUGAAAAAAAUAAAAUUGAAUUACAGUUUA